AUUGCUUCAGUCUCCACAGAAGAGGAAGUAAGAACCGGGAAGAACUCGACGACUCAGCUUACUUUUUUCUUUUUUCUCCCCCCCCCUCCUCUAUAAAGAUGUUUAUAGUGGCUUUUUAUGGAACCUGAGGAAGAGAGUAUCUUUACAGAGGGACUAACAUAACACCAGGCUGUGCGGCAGAGAGUUCAGGGAGAAGGUUAUGAAGUUUACAGCAGGGUCAGGCUCUAAAUCAACAUCCCACGCUCUGAUCGCCUCGCAGGUUCAAUCCAUCAUCUGACUCUGGAAACGCCACGGAACGACCGCCAAGCUGCCAAGACAUGACCAUCCGCUGAAAUAUGCCUCCUGGCUAAGGAGCGCACAAACCAGAAAAGCAGCCUAGAGGUCAACGGUAACUCUGGAGGAGCUGCAGAGACGUUCAAGUCAGCAAUGGGCCCGAGUUCAUCGCCGGAAAGCUUUCUGAUGUUCCUCUGGAUUUCAGGGAUCUGUGGUGGACUGGCCCAGGCUGAGCUCAUGAAAAAAGAUAACUGCACCAACUACGAGCUCGUGUUUGAACGGGUGUUCUCUGUCCCCGGGGACGCGGCCAUGCUGAACAGCACCCUGCUGUCUCUGGACGUCUUUGACUUCACCGCCGUCCCGUUCAACAUCACCUGGUUCAGCGCAAAGACGGGACAGGAGAUGAGAAAUGAGGCGGGUCGGAUUCUGGUGCUCCAGGAGACGCUUUGGUUCCUCAACACCACGAUGGACGACGAUGGGGAAUACCUCGCCAUAGUGCGAACUCCUUCUCAGUGCUACAUGCAGUCCACUAUACUGGUGAUAACUCUGCCAAAGGACGGAGAGUGUGGAAGGCCACUGAAAGCAUAUACACCUCUCACAAAAGGCACGGCUGAUAAAGUGAACUGCCUUCUGGGGGGUUAUGUUGCGAAACUGGACAGCUACGGCAUCAGCUCCUCUGUCAAGUGGUACAAAGGCUGUGAUCCCGUACUGGAGGACUCAGGCAGCCAAACCAUCCAGGACAGGAACAAGCUGGCCUUCCACAGCGUGAAAACUGAAGACGACGGCAUUUAUACCUGCACUCUGACCUUUACCCUUGAUGGGGUGACAGUAACCGUGUCGGAGACCACCGAAGCAAAGGUCAAUGAUAACUACUUCCUCGUUCCACAAGUUCAUGAGCCGGAAAAGGAAAUUAUCAAGGAGGCCAUAGGGUCAAAUUUCACAAAGAGGUGUCUGGUGUUUGUGCCCGGUUCUGGGACGCCGUCCGUUAACGUCAUUUGGUUGGUCGAAAAUAAGGUCAUGUUUGAUUCUGAGCCGUCUGAACGCGUCUACACAUCAAAUCUGCGUUCGUGGACCCAAGAUGAACCAAAGGGUGUGUGGUUAGAACGGCUGCUUCUCUUCGCCGAACUGAAGGACGAGGAUUUCUACCUCAACUACACCUGCAGGGUCUUCAGUCCCCGAGGCUAUCCGGACGGAUAUUUUACUUUGUUACCAACUGAUCCGAACAUCAUCCUUCCCAUCGGAUUAGUGUUUGGUGGAAUGACUGUUCUCUUCGUCGUCAGCGUCGCCGUCUACUACGUCUUCAGGAUAGACAUUGUGCUGUGCUUCAGGAGAGCGUUUCCAGUCCUUUACACAAACAAAGAUCUUGAUGGCAAGCUGUAUGAUGCCUAUGUGGCAUACCCCAGUCCUGGUGCCUUUGGGUUCAGUGAAGAGGUGGAGAAGUUCGCCCUGCAGACAUUGCCUGAAGUGUUGGAACAGGCCUGUGGCUACAAACUGUUCAUAGCGGGCCGUGACUGCCUGCCGGGGCAGGCCGUCGUGGACUCUGUGGACGAGAACCUUCAGGCUAGUCGUCGUGUUCUCCUGCUCUACACCGCUUCCACUUUCAUCAAAAAGAGGCACACGAGCAGCACCAGCAGUAACAACAACAAUAUUACGAAGGUUGGUGAGGAGGCUGAUCAAAUCCAAAGUGGGACCAGUGAGGGCAAUGGCGGCGUGGGUUUUGGUGGUGACGGCAAGGCGUUUUCGGACACAAGGCAGCAUCUGGAAUGUGUGGCAUCCAUGAACAGAGCGCUGCUGGAGGGCUCCUUAAAGGUCAUUCUGGUGGAACUGGAGGAGAUCACCCCGGCCCAGCUGGCCCUCUUCCCUGAGUCGGUUCGCCACCUGAGGAAGAAACAGGGCGCCGUGUGCUGGUGGAAGGUUCUCCAAACCAGGCAACAAUGGAGGGCAUGGAGAGAGGACGAGGAAAGACGUGGAAAGGACUCACAAGUGUCACCGUCCCUCUCUCCUCGCUCCAGGUUUUGGAAAGAAAUUAGGUAUCAUAUGCCAGUUAGAGGCAAGAGGGCAGUUUAUCCAGAGAAAACUGCCUUGUUGAACAUAUGACCCAAACGGUCAGAGGACAUUUAUGCCACUUCUUGCCAGUUAAGGCUCCAGUGUUGUGCAACAUGUAGUGAAAUCGAAGAAACCGCAAAACCAUCUGAUGUGUACAGCAUGACAGCCAUUCCUGAAAACAAGUGUUGGAAUUAUUUUCUAAGUGUUUAUGUAAAUUAGUGUAAAUACAGUUGUAAAAGUUAUGGAAAUAUUUGUACAUAUUUGGUCUUGUUUUUAAGGUUGUAUAGAGAAAAUGAAAGCUGUGAGUUUUUUUGCGCACUAAAAAUGGAAAUAUAAGCCGUUUGCAAAACAGUGAAAUGAUUCUCCAUCAAACGUUUUUAUACAUAUUUUGGCAUUAAACAUUGUUUUAAAGGUUUUUAAAUAAAAGAGAAGUUUAUCAAAAAGAAACGCAACAAUUAUUCCCUUGUUAACUUGUUUGUGAAUAAAGAUAUGAAAGCGAGCUUCAUUCUGUAGUGUAUAUUUUUGAGUAUACAGUAGUUUAGUGAUCUUGCAAGGCUUAUUGACUAUGACACCAAUACCAAAGUCAUGUGGCUCCCAAUUAAUGGGGUUUAAUACGAUCUACGUUAAAGAAGGAAGCUUGCAUCGCAAAAGGUUUAUUUAAACUGUGGAGUGUAAAGUUGUCUAAAAUGACUGAUCCACAAUAUUUCCAGACAUUUAUGAGAUUUUCACACCUGAUAGUCUGGUAGACUCACUUCGAUUGGGGACCAAAAUCACGGCAUUUGUUACCUUUUCAGCUGCAGCGGUUCACUUUCGCACUGCACUGCCAAACAAACCAAACUUUGAAAAACCUAUUACACCCCCUCGCCAGUGGCGGUGCUGUAACAAGAACCAUUUGAAUGACACAGGCUCAAAAGUAUACACAUCUGGUUAGUAACUAGUUAAGAAUUACUCAGUUUUAUUUAUUUCAGUAACGUUUUGGGAAAAAUGUACUUUCA